AAGUAAACAAGCCGCUAGCAGCAUCGUUAGCUUUCCUCGUGUGAGGACGGAGCAGGAAGACGGUUGUGUUGUCGUCUCUCAGCUGAAUAUUUCAGUGUUUCAGCAACAAUGUCUUCAGUUCAGCAUCUGAGAGAGUUUAUCAGCGAGCGACUAACUGCUGCUGCUGAAGAAAUAUUCACAGAGUUUGAAAAAACCAUCGUCCAGUACGAAGAAGAGAUCGAUCGUCAGCGCAGGCUGCUGGAUAUCACCUGGAAUCCACAGAUAAAGUUAAUCAGAACAGAGGUUCCACAUCAAUAUGUCUACAAGGUGGAUGAAGCUCUUCAAGAUGACCAGCAGCUGUGCAACCAGAACUCAAACCUGGACCAGGAGCAACCAGAGUCUGCUCGUAUUAAAGAGGAAGAGGAGGAACUCCUCAGCAGUCAGGAGGAAGAGCAGCUUUGGCUGAAGGAUGAAACUGAUCAGUUUUCAAUACCGGCUGCUCAUGAGGAAGAUGGUCACAGUGAUCCAGAACCAAACAGGGACCAUACUCCCUCUUACAGUCCUCCUGCAGACCAACAUUCACCUUUAGAGGAAAGCAUGGUUGAAGACUCAGGACCAACAACGUGUGCAGAUACACAGCCAGAAAAGAGCUGUCUAACGGAGACAAAUGAGAACGUAGGAGAGUCCUUUCUGUUAGAAAGUCAUUGUAAUGAAAGAGAUGAGAAACAACAUUCCUGCAAGUUCUGUGGGAAACAGUUUAAAACGAAAAGUAGGUUAACUGUUCAUGUAAGAAUUCACUCAGGAGAGAGACCGUACUCUUGUCAAACAUGUGGGAAAUGUUUCAGUCAAAGUACUCAUUUGGUGAACCACAUGACAACUCACACAGCUAAGAAGCUGUAUUCUUGUCCAACAUGUGGAAAAUGUUUCAGUCUCAAGAAUACUUUGGUGAAACACAUGAGAAUUCACACAGGUGAGAAGCCGUAUUCUUGUCCAACAUGUGGAAAAUGUUUCAGUGAAAAGAGUAAUUUGGUGAACCACAUGAGAAUUCACACAGGUGAGAAGCCGUAUUCUUGUCCAACAUGUGGAAAAUGUUUCAGUCUCAAGAGUUCUUUGGUGAAACACAUGAGAAUUCACACAGGUGAGAAGCCGUAUUCUUGUCCAACAUGUGGAAAAUGUUUCAGUCUCAAGAGUUCUUUGGUGAAACACAUGAGACUUCACACAGGUGAGAAGCCGUAUUCUUGUCAAACAUGUGGAGAAUGUUUCAGGCACAAGAGUACUUUGGUGAACCACAUGAGAAUUCACACAGCUGCGAGGCCGUAUUCUUGUCCAACAUGUGGAAAAUGUUUCACACAAAAUGAUGAUUUAAAGUACCACAUGAUCACUAACAGAGAAUGUCAAAAGCCACCUUCUAUAUGUGGAAAAGAGUCAAUCUAAAUCAUGGGCUGUGAAUGAAUUAUCUUUGGCCUGCAUGAUCAUAUCUAAUCACUAUUAGAGCUGGUCUGCUGAUACAGCACCUGUACCACCAUAAUACUACAAGUCCCACAAUGCACUGCCAGUACGUUUACAAUCACAGGCCCGCGAGCGAGUACCUCACCGAUUCUCCAGAAACCUGACGGAGCUGCUCACCUUUGUCAACAACCCCUCUCCCCAGAAAAUGGCUAAAGGAAAAGUGGACUUUGUAAACAGAGAAUAUGUUUGUGGAUGUAAAGGACAAAGCUGUGUGUCUUCUGUGUGGAGACAGAGAGGCUGGAAUGAAGGAAUACAACGUAAGAAGACACCUUGAAAUGAAGCACCACCACA